AUGGUAAAACUUGAUCGUGCAUCAGGUAUUCUUCUUCAUAUUAUUAGUCUUCCUGGACCAAAUGGUAUCGGUGAUAUUGGUCAAGAAGCAUAUAAAUUUGUUGAUUUCUUAUGUGAAUGUAAUCAAAAAAUUUGGCAGAUUCUACCUUUAACUGCCAGCGAAAAACCUUCACCAUAUUCUGGUACAUCAGCUUUUGCUGGUAAUCCAAUAUUGAUUAGUUUAGAAAAAUUAGUUGAUGCUGGUCUACUUGUUCAAUCAGAUAUUGAAUCUAGUCGACCAAAAUUUGGUCAUCAAAUUGAAAUUCGUAAAGUAUUGAAAUGGAAAUAUGAUAUAUUAAAUCGUGCAUAUAAAAAUUAUAAAAAUAAUCCAAAAAAAUUAAAAAAUGAAAUUGAUGCAUUUAUUAAAAAAGAACAAUAUUGGCUUGAUGAUUAUACACUUUAUAUGGCAAUUAAAUCUGAACAAAAUAAUCAAUCAUGGUCAAAAUGGCCAAAAGAAUUAAAACAACGUGAUAAAGAAGCUUUAGAACAAAAACGACAAGAACAUGCGAGUAUUAUUGAUGAACAUAUAUUUCUUCAAUAUAUUUUUUUUCAUCAAUGGAAUCAAUUAAAACAAUAUGCUAAUGAACAUGAAAUUAUCAUUCUUGGUGAUAUGCCUGUUUAUGUUGAUUAUGAUAGCGCUCCACCUGAUUCAUUUAGUGUAAACGGACAACUAUGGAAUAAUCCAAUUUAUGAUUGGACUGGUACUCUACGUAAAACAAAUUUCGAUUGGUGGAUAAAACGUUUGAAAAAAUCUUUGGAAACAGUUGAUGUUCUUCGUAUUGAUCAUUUUCGUGGUUUAGAAGCUUAUUGGGCUAUUCCAAUGGGAUCAGAUGGAAAACCUGUACCACCAAAGAAAGGUUCAUGGGUUAUAGCUUGUGGUGAUGAAUUUCUUACAGCAGUGACCAAAGCACUUGGUGAUGAUUUACCAUUAAUUGUUGAAGAUUUAGGUUUUAUAACACAAGAAGUAUUUGAUCUUCGUGAGAAAUAUGGUCUUAUUGGUAUGCGUGUUCUUCAAUUUGGAUUUGGAACUAAUGGAGGUAAUAUAUAUUUACCACAUAAUUAUACUCCAAAUAGUGUUGUUUAUACUGGUACUCAUGAUAAUAAUACAACAAUUGCAUGGUUUCGUCAUAAUGCAAAGAAAAAAGAAAAAGCAAAUGUAAUUAAAUAUUUACAAAAAGAUGAAGAUGAACUAAAACGCAAUAUUAAUUGGGAUUUUAUUCGAGCAGUACAUGCUAGUGUAGCUAAUACAUCGAUUAUUCUAUUUCAAGAUGUACUUAAUCUUGAAGAAGGUUGUCAAAUGAAUGAUCCAGCAUUUACACCAGAUUAUGAAGAAAAUUGGCGUUGGCGAUUUACAUGGGAACAAUUAACACAAAAAGAUAAAGAUAAACUUCAAUCAUUGACACAAAUCUGUGGACGGUAUAUUAUACCAGAAGAACCAGAAGAAGAAACAUUAGAAGAACUGUUACAAAAACCACCAGGAAGACCAAUAGAAGAACCAAAUGCAUAA